UAAACUAUUCCCCUUGCAUGAACUUCUAACAAUCACACAGAUUUGAGAAUUUUGACAGACAUUGAGCAGUUGAGGUUGUACACAAGUGUUAUUUUGUUUGAAUGUCUGUGUGUGCGUGAAUUAUUUCAUUGAAUAUUUCUAUUAUUGACGUGAAACAUGCGCUGCGUUUUAAUUAAGUGAUAUUAAUUGCUUUGAAUUGAACAGUGCUUUAAGAUAUUUUGAAUAAGAGGUACAUUUCUGUGACUGGAACAUUGUGGUGAAAUUUUGUUGGUUUCACGGUGUAUUUGUUGGACAGGUGUUUAGUGUUGUCAGUUGUAAGAUGUCAAAAGUGGCUGAUCAAAUUAAAAUGUCAUUCGAAAAUGCUAAAGAUCAGGAAGGUGAUCAUGAAGGUUCUUUUCAUGAUGAAGACUACAAAUUAAACUUUGCAUGUUAUGUAAAUCCAAAUGCUAAACUUGAAUCUGAAAUGCAGAAAACAAGUACCCCUCCAUCUGGUAAAGAACAAAACCCCUUGAACUUUCCCAAUGUUAAGACAACUCUGCCUAAAAUGCAAUUUCCACCUCCUCCAGUUAUCCCUUCUGACAUGAGAAAAGGUGAAUCAGUGGGUGGGGCUAAGUUUAAGACUUUUAAUGAUUUCCCCCCUCAGAGAGAUUACAGUGCUUACAAAGCAAGUCCAGAAGGUAAUGUUACUCUGUAUUAUGAAGUUACUCAUGCCCAGAUACCUAGAAUUCCCCAAUUUUCUGGUGAUGGGCCCCCACAGAAAGGUGAUGUUACUUAUAGAGAGUGGAAGUAUGAAGUACAAUGUCUUAUCAAUGACCCUGAGAUUAAAGAAACCACAAUCAUUCAGAGCAUUAGAAGAUCUCUUAGGGGUACAGCUAAAACUAUGCUCAUUCCUCUUGGUGAAAAAGCCACUGUCAUUGAAAUUCUUGACAAACUGAAUAUUUUAUUUGGUGAAGUGUCAAAUAAUGGCAUGAUAAUGCAAGAAUUUUUCAAUACCUUUCAAUUUGAGGGAGAGUGUGCUACAUCAUUUGGUUGUAGGUUGGAAAGCAUGCUCCAAAACGCUAUUGAUAAUGGGUACCUUAGCAAAUCGUCAAAGAAUGAUUUGUUACGCCAUAAAUUUUGGACGUCGUUGAGUUCUGAACGCUUAAAGUCACAAACGCGUCACAAAUAUGAUACGCUAAAGAACUAUGACCAUCUUUUACUUGAAAUAAGAAAGGUUGAAAAAGAAAUGGCCAUAAACAAAACCCCUGCAGAAAAAGUAAGUACUGAUUUCAAAAAUUCCAGACUCCAUCAACAUGGUAUAGCAGUGGAGGAUGAAGUUGAGGAGAAAAUCAACAAAAGAAUUGAGAAUUUGCAAACUGAAUUAGAAGGUAAAAUUGAUGACAAAUUUAAUCAGAUUUUGCAAAAGUUAGAUGCUUCGAAAACUGAUACCAGGCAAAGUUAUUCAAGAGGAAGCAGCAACAGAGGCAAUGGCAACUCAGGGAGAGGUGAGUAUGGUAGGAGAAAUUUUCAGAAUAACAAUUCAUAUAGAGGGAAUCAAUACAGAAGGCCAUUCAAUCCUAGAGGGCGAGGUAUGAAUAGGUCUAGUGUACAAAACCAGGACCCAAACUACUAGUGGUCUCUACUGUUGGCCAAGCAGAGACCAGUAAAGUCAAAAGUAACGGCCAACAUAUAAAGUGUGACAUGAUUGGUGAGUCAAAUGAGGUUCAAGUAAUCUUAAAUGGUGAAAGAAUGAAUGCAUUAUUAGACAGUGGUUCUAUGAUAACAACUUUGUCUGAGAAAAAGUACAAAAGUCUUCUAGUCAAACCAGAGUUAAGAGAGUUGUCUGCCCUUGGACUGCAGAUAUCAGUGGCAGAUGGGUCGAUUCUGCAGUACAAAGGAUUUAUAGAAUGUACCAUGAAGCUUCUAGAUCUUGAACUUUUUGUUCCUAUUGUGAUAGUACCUGAAACAGAAUUCAAUAAGAACUGUCCUGUCAUUGUUGGAACAAAUAUUUUGAGAAUCUGUAGAGAAUAUUUUUCACAUGUGUCUUGUCAGUUGCCAGAAGCCUGGCAGUUGGCUAUUGACAGUA